AUGGGGUUGAAAUCGUCGCAGGAGCCUGGAAAAAAGGAUUCAAAAUCACAUACGGGACCGAUUGAAGGCGAUAAAAGUUUUUCUGCUCUUCUAGAGCCCGUUUAUAAAGGGAAAAAACUUACAGAUCCUGUACCUACAAUUGAAGAUAAAUGGCAUCUUUUACCAGCAUUUUUGAAGAUUAAAGGUCUUGUAAAGCAACAUUUGGACUCUUUUAAUUACUUUGUCGAUGUUGAUUUGAAAAAAAUUGUCCAAGCAAAUCAGAAAGUUACUUCAGAUGUCGAACCAUGGUUUUAUUUAAAAUACCUCGAUAUUCGGGUUGGAGCUCCUGUACGUACCGAUGCCGAUGCCAUUCAAGCCUCUAUUAGUCCCCACGAAUGCCGUCUUCGAGAUUUGACUUAUGGUGCGAACAUUUACGUUGACGUUGAAUAUACCAGAGGCAAACAGGUUGUUCGUAGAAGAAACGUUCCCAUCGGAAGAAUGCCUAUUAUGCUACGAAGCAAUAAAUGUGUUUUACACGGAAAAACAGAAUCGGAAAUGGCCACCUUGAACGAAUGCCCCUUGGAUCCGGGUGGUUAUUUUGUCGUUAAAGGUACUGAAAAGGUUAUUUUAGUACAAGAACAGUUAUCCAAAAAUCGUAUUAUUGUGGAAGCUGAACCUAAAAAGGGAAUGUUCCAGGCCUCAGUAACUUCUUCUACGCACGAACGAAAGUCUAAAACUUACCUUGUUCAUAAAAAUGGAAAGUUAUACCUGAAGCACAACAGUAUUGCUGAUGAUAUUCCCAUCGUUGCUGUUUUAAAAGCGAUGGGCUUGCAAUCUGACCAGGAAAUUUUUGAGUUGGUCGCUGGUAAUGAAGCAUCGUACCAAGAUUUGUUUGCUCCUAGUGUUGAAGAGUGCGCCAAACUGAAUAUUUUCACCACUCAACAAGCUUUGGAAUACAUUGGAGCACGUGUUAAGGUGAACCGACGUGCUGGUGCAGCUCGAUUACCCUCUCACGAAGAAGCUUUGGAGGUCCUUGCUGCUGUGGUUCUUGCCCAUAUUAAUGUUUCCAACUUGGAUUUUCGCCCUAAGGCUGUAUAUAUUGCUGUUAUGACUCGUCGUGUUUUGAUUUCUAUGGUUGACCCUUCUUUGGUUGAUGAUCGUGAUUAUGUGGGAAAUAAACGUCUCGAAUUGGCAGGUCAAUUACUUGCUUUGCUUUUCGAAGAUCUCUUCAAAAAGUUCAAUAGUGACAUGAAGCUAAAUAUAGACAAAGUUUUGAAAAAACCUCACAGAACGCAAGAGUUCGAUGCUUAUAACCAACUAUCUGUUCAUGGCGAUCAAAUUACACAAGGCAUGGUUCGUGCGUUAUCUACAGGAAAUUGGUCCCUUAAGCGUUUUAAAAUGGAACGUGCUGGCGUUACGCACGUUUUAUCACGUCUUAGUUUCAUUAGUGCUUUGGGUAUGAUGACACGGAUAACCAGUCAGUUUGAAAAAACAAGAAAAGUGUCAGGGCCCCGUUCUUUGCAGCCUUCCCAGUAUGGUAUGCUUUGUACCUCAGAUACACCUGAAGGUGAAGCUUGUGGCUUAGUGAAAAACUUAGCUCUUAUGACUCAUAUUACCACAGACGAGGAAGAAGAACCCAUUAUUCGUUUGGCUUAUGCUUUCGGUGUUGAAGAUAUUCACGUUGUUACCGGACGCGAAUUACAUAGUAGCGGUACAUACCUUGUUUAUUUGAAUGGUAUGAUUCUAGGUAUUUCAAAAUAUCCAACGCUGUUUGUAUCAUCUUUUCGACGUCUGCGUCGUUCUGGAAAAAUCUCACCUUUUGUUGGCGUCUUUAUUAAUACGCAUCAACGAGCCGUUUUCAUUUCUACUGAUGGUGGUCGGAUUUGCCGUCCGCUUAUUAUUGUUCAAAAUGGAUACCCUAAGGUCACCUCAGAUCACAUCAAAAUUUUGAAGGAAGGGAAGUGGUCAUUUGAAGAUUUUUUGAAGGAAGGCCUAGUUGAAUAUGUUGAUGUGAAUGAAGAAAACGACAGCUUAAUUUGUGUAUAUGAGAGAGACGUCACACCGGAAACGACUCACCUGGAAAUUGAACCAUUUACUGUACUUGGUGCUGUUGCUGGGCUUAUUCCUUAUCCUCAUCACAACCAAUCUCCUCGUAAUACUUAUCAAUGCGCAAUGGGUAAACAAGCUAUUGGUGCUAUUGGUUAUAAUCAGUUACAGCGUAUUGAUACAUUAUUGUAUUUGAUGGUCUAUCCUCAACAACCAAUGGUAAAAACAAAGACAAUCGAAUUAAUUGGAUAUGACAAGUUACCUGCUGGUCAAAACGCUACUGUUGCCAUCAUGAGUUAUUCGGGAUAUGAUAUUGAGGAUGCUUUGGUAAUGAACAAAGCUUCCAUGGAUCGUGGUUUUGGUCGCUGUCAAGUUCUUCACAAGCAUUCCGUUCUUAUUCGUAAGUAUCCAAACGGUACCCAUGAUCGUAUUGGUGAUCCGUUGAGAGAUCCGGAAACUGGAGAGGUUAUUUGGAAGCACAAAAUUGUUGAAGACGAUGGGCUUGCCGCUGUUGGCUGUCCAGUUCAAAAUGGUCAAGUGUAUGUUAAUAAGCAGACUCCCACCAACGCUUUGGAUAACUCCAUUGCUUUAGGACAGUCUCAAACGGUGGAAUCCGGAUUUAAACCCACUCCGAUGACUUACAAAGCUCCUGAACCAUCCUACGUCGAUAAAGUUAUGCUUACUACUACGGACUCUGAUCAGACAUUAAUUAAAGUGUUAAUGCGACAAACUCGACGACCAGAACUUGGUGACAAAUUUUCCUCUCGUCACGGCCAAAAGGGUGUUUGUGGCAUUAUUGUUCAACAAGAGGACAUGCCUUUCAAUGAUCAGGGUGUCUGUCCUGAUAUUAUUAUGAAUCCACAUGGUUUUCCUUCACGAAUGACUGUCGGUAAAAUGAUUGAAUUACUGGCAGGAAAAGCGGGUGUAAUGCGUGGUAGUUUGGAAUACGGAACUUGUUUUGGCGGAACAAAGGUUGAAGAAGCUAGUCGCGUUUUAGUAGAGCGCGGAUUUAACUACUCAGGUAAAGACAUGUUAACUUCAGGAAUUACCGGAGAACCUUUAGAAGCGUAUAUUUUCUUUGGGCCUAUUUAUUAUCAAAAACUAAAACACAUGGUUUUGGAUAAAAUGCACGCACGAGCGCGUGGCCCGCGGGCGGUGCUGACGCGACAACCAACUGAAGGACGUUCUCGUGAUGGUGGUUUACGUUUGGGUGAAAUGGAACGUGAUUGUUUAAUUGCCUACGGUGCCUCUCAGCUUCUUUUGGAGAGAUUGAUGCUUUCCUCGGAUGCUUGCGACGUUGAUGUUUGUGGUGAAUGUGGACUUUUGGGCUAUAGAGGUUGGUGCAACAGUUGUCAAAGCACCAAAAACGUUGUUAAAAUGACUAUACCUUACGCAGCUAAGUUGCUAUUCCAAGAGCUUCUUAGUAUGAACAUCGUUCCAAGGUUAGCUUUGGAAGAUGAAUUUAAAUAUUAG